UGCUGUGACUCAUUGUUUUUAUUUUCCUGUAAAAAAAACAAUUUGCAAAAGUGGAUAAGAGACUUGUCAAAAGUCAUAUAUAGAAGUGUGACGUCACACCGACAUGUAGGCCAAUGGACAGCACAGCAUCGUCCUUCUUUGCAUGUUCUCAACGUGUUCCAUGAACUCUUCUUCCACCUACGACCACUUCUGCUAGAAAUUUGGGAUUCUUCUUUCUCUGAAAUUCGCAGAACCAUUUUCUCUUUUACCGGUUCCUUAUUCUUCUUGUCUCUCCAAUGGCUCCAAAGGCUCCGAUUCACUUCACAAAACCCCGAUCCAAUAAUUCUGAUCGUCGAGAAGAAUUAGAAGCCAUUGUUGAAGGAGAAGAAAAGCUGAGCCAGGAGUGUAAAGAUCUGAUUCUCUCUCUUCCCAGAGAGAGAGGUUGGAGAACUCGUUAUCUGUAUCUCUUCCAAGGAUUCUGGUGCCAACCUGCAGAGAUUCAAGCCAUUACCCUGCUUCAGAAUCACUUCCAGGCCACAGAUUCAGAUGUUGUUGUUGCUACGAUCCCAAAAUCUGGAACCACAUGGUUGAAAGGCCUCACUUUCGCCACUGUUAAUCGCAAGAGCUUUUCGCCUUCUUCUAAGAACCACCCUCUGCUUCAUUCAAAUCCACACCAUCUUGUUCCUUUCUUUGAGUAUACUGUCUAUGGAGGCCUUGAUGAAGCUCCUGAUCUGUCAAGCUUGCCUGAUCCAAGACUCUUUGGCACCCACCUACCGUUCCAUGCAAUGCCUAGCUCAAUCAAAAACUCAGGUUGUAAGAUAAUCUACAUCUGCAGAAACCCAUUCGACACUUUUGUGUCUUCCUGGAUUUUUUUGAACAAAGUCAAGCCAGAAUCAAUCCCUUUAUUGACACUAGAAGAGGCCUUUGAUCUGUACUGUAAGGGGAUAAUUGGGUUUGGUCCUUCAUGGGACCACAUGUUGAGGUACUGGAAUGAGAGCAAGGAGAGACCUAACAAGGUGUUGUUCUUGAAGUAUGAGGAUCUGAAAGAAGAUACCACAGAUCAGUUGAAGAGAAUUGCAGAGUUCUUGGGCUGUCCUUUCAGCUUGGAGGAGGAAGAAACUGGUUUGGUUGAUAGCAUCAUCAAGCUGUGCAGCUUUGAGAAGAUGAAGGAAUUGCAGGUGAACAAAUCUGGAACUUUUGGUAGGAACUUUGAGAUCAAGUAUCUGUUUAGGAAGGCUGAGAUUGGAGAGUGGGUUAAUCACUUGUCACCUUCCAUGGUGGAGAGAUUAUCCGAAGUCAUUGAUGAAAAGUUUGCUGGCUCUGGUCUGUCAUUUAAAGUAUCAUCAUAAUUCUUAAUUAGUUUUACACUUAUAGUGUGUUGCUAGUUGACAUAUUAAACCGGGUUUGCAGUAAUAAAUUUCUUAUGUGAUUU